ACCUGUAAUGGGGACACACUGACCCCAGACCCGUUUUAUGGAAAAUUAUCGCUCAUGUGUGAGUUUUUAAAAUGUCUCUUUUAUGCGGUGUUGGGGUUCUGGCUGUACUGGUGUCGGUCCAGUGCCUGACCCGAGAUCAGCUGUUUGAUUAUGGGGUCCAGUUUGGCGAUGAGAUUCUGGAGUCUGGAACUGAUUCCGUGCAAGAACUCGUCCUGGACCAGACUCUGUUCUUCUUCAAAGGAAAGUUCAACAAAGUUUAUGUCAGCACCAAUGGCUUUAUAUCAUUGGCCGAACCCACAGAAGAAACAGAGUAUCUGGGGAAAACGCCAGCCAGUUUUGGUAUGAUGUCGGCGUUCCUGGGAGAUCUGGACACUAGCGAUGGGAUUGGGAAAGUCUAUUUCCGGCAGGACAGAAGCCUAGAAGUGCUCCAGAGAACGACUGAUCACAUUAGCCAGGCGUUUCCUUCUGACGAUGAGAUCGAACCCACACACGCCCUCAUCGUCACCUGGGAGAAUGUUGCGGCUCAAGGGGAACCAGGAAGAGGAGAUGAAAUGUAUGAUAUGAGAAACACCUUUCAACUUGUUGUGGCAAACAUGGAGUCAGCGACUUAUGCCAUCCUGCUGUACCCUGAGGAGAGCAUGCAGUUUGUUUCCACACUCAUUGACGGUGAAAAUCAGCCGGUUCAUGUUGGGUUCAAUGAGGGUUUAGUCUCUGGCUGGUUCAGUUGGUCAAACCAAGGAUCUUAUUAUCGUGUCACUGAUGGCACUGAGGAGUCGGUUAGUGCUCUGAGAAAAAGAACUAACUCUGGCAGACAUGGCAUUUGGGUGUAUGAGAUCGGUACAUCACCGUUAUUCAUCUCUGUCACGCCCGGAUUUGUCACAGAGGCGGCAGAGGUCCCCUCAGAGGAGACCGUGACAGAGCUGCCGGUUUUUGAAACAUCGGCCACAUGGGGCAUGUCCCCGAGAUACUAUGAAGAAGAUCUUGAGACCUCGGAGUGGUCUACAUACGAUAUUACCACAACAGAAAUGCCAGAUUUGAGCACCCCCGAUCAGUCUCCGCUUCGCCGACCACAAACGCCUCAACUGCCUCAGAACCCUCAGGUGCUGAUCAUCGAUGAGGACAACCUGGACGUCAAUGUUUUUGCAUAUAAUUAUGAGGCGUGUUCCAGCAACAAGCACAAGUGUUCCGCUUUCGCCGACUGCAGAGACUACAACAACGGCUACUGCUGUCAUUGCAAGCCAGGUUACUAUGGCAACGGCAAGAAUUGUGUCGCCGAAGGUAAACCUCAGAGAAUGAACGGUAAAGUCAACGGCAGAGUCUAUGUUGGUAUCUCUCCCUCUCCGGUUGAGUUCUCCAAUAAUGAUCUUCACUCGUAUGUUGUGACCAACGACGGGCGAGCGUACAUCGCUGUCAGCAGUAUUCCGGCCAGUAUUGGACCAUCUCUGCAGCCGCUGAUGUCUCUCGGAGGAGCCAUUGGAUGGGCGUUCGCUCUGGAACAGCCCAACUAUCAGAACGGCUUUAGCAUCAUCGGUGGAGUGUUCACCCGCCAGGCCGAGGUCACUUUUCAGCCUGGCAGUGAGAAGCUGACCAUCAGGCAGGAGUUCAAAGGUAUUGAUGAACACGAUCACCUGGUGAUCAGCACAGAGCUGGAUGGAAGGAUUCCUGAAAUACCUCAUGGAGCCACGGUCCAAAUUGACCCGUACAACGAGAUCUAUCAGUAUUCCAGCAACUUGAUAACGUCGUCUUCAUGGCGGGACUACACCGUUAUCAUGCCUGACGGUAGCACACAAACACGAAGCUACAUGUGGACACAGAACAUCAAAUUCCAGAGCUGCCCACACGAGGAGGUCAUGCCCUCUGUACAGCCCAGACAACAGCUCAGCGUUGACCAAAUCUUUGUCAUGUACGACUCCAGCAACCAGCUGAUCCGCUAUGCCAUGAGCAACAAAAUCGGAUCCAUUCACAGUGGAACUCCAGAACAAAAUCCAUGUUUUACUGGCAGACACGGAUGCGACAGCAACGCCGUUUGCCGUCCAGGUCAAGGCAAAGAUUUCACUUGCGAAUGCACCGCUGGUUUCACUGGUGAUGGACGCGUCUGUUACGAUGUGGAUGAGUGCUCGGAAAUGCCUCAGAUCUGCGGCCCGUAUGCCAUGUGUAAAAACCAACCUGGAACAUUCCGAUGUGAAUGUUUGGACGGUUUUCAGUUCACCAGUGAUGGACGGACAUGUGUUGAAACGGAUCGUCCCAUAGAUCACUGCCAGAGGAGAACGCAUGACUGCGACAUUUCGGAACGUGCCAGAUGCAGCUACACGGGAGGUUCCUCGUAUGUCUGCUCAUGUCUGCCGGGGUUUGCUGGAGAUGGCCGUGCCUGUCAGGAUAUUGAUGAAUGCCAACCUGGCCGUUGCCACAGUGAUGCCAUCUGCUACAACACCCAGGGUUCUUUCACCUGUCAGUGCCGGCCAGGUUUCCAUGGCGAUGGCUUUAGCUGCUCACCUGGGUCUGAUCACGAGAAGACUGCAUGCGAGCACCACAGAGAAUCGUCACUGGCUGCCUCCUCUGGUGGAUACUACUUCUUCCGACCGCGUCCGGCCGUUGGGCAGUAUGUGCCCACCUGUGACAGCUAUGGCGCUUACGAACCCACGCAGUGUCACUCCAGCAUCAGCCAGUGUUGGUGUGUGGACGGCUCUGGACAGGAAAUUCCCGGUUCUAGAACGGGACCAGGCAACAGACCCAUGUGUAUUGACCACAAUGUGGCUCCGCCCAUCAUUGGCCCCACCCCGAAGCCUGACAUCAACCCAUUGGCUCCAGGAGCUAACAUCUUAUUCGCUCAGAGCGGUAAGAUCGACUACAUCCCAUUGGAUGGAUCCCGAAUGAAUAAAGACGAGGCAAAGACCAUGGUGCACAUACCAGGUAAAGUGGUGAUCGCUGUGGCGUACGACUGCGUAGAGAAGAUGGUUUACUGGUCUGACAUCACACAACCGGCCAUCAUCAGAGCAAACAUGCAGGGCGGCCAAACUACUGAUGUCAUCAAAACAGAUCUGGGCAGUCCUGAAGGAAUCGCGAUUGAUCACAUGUCCCGGAACAUGUACUGGACUGAUUCCAUACUGGACCGAAUCGAAGUUUCAAGAUUAGAUGGAAGUCAUCGACGCAUCCUCUUCGACAAUGACCUCAUCAACCCACGACCUAUCGUUGCUGACCCCAGCUACGGACACCUGUACUGGGCCGACUGGAACCGAGACGGACCCAAGAUUGAGCGCUCCAGCAUGGACGGUACUGACAGAACAGUGCUGGUGAAAGAUGACCUGGCGCUGCCCAAUGGAUUGACCUAUGACCCCCACACCAGACAGCUCUGCUGGGCGGAUGCAGGCACUCAUAAGUUGGAGUGUAUCGAUCCGUUCUCACGUCUCCGGAGGAAAGUGACGGAAGGGAUUCAGUAUCCAUUUGCCAUCGUGUCUCAUGGCAGAAACCUUUACUACACCGACUGGACAAGGGAAGCAGUGGUUGCCGUGGAUCAUCAUGAUGGGAUGGAGGUGGAGGAGUUUCUUCCUCAGAGACGGUCACGUACAUAUGGCGUCACGAUCACAUACCCACAAUGCCCUCAAGGUGUGAACUAUUGUUCUCGUGAUAACGCAGGAUGUUCACACUUAUGUCUGCCGCGGCCGGGCGGCUUCACCUGCAGGUGUCCCGAUGCCAGAGACGGGUCAUGUGUGGAAGAGGGCGAGAAUUUCUGAGCCAACCAGUUUCUGAAAGAC